AUGGCCUCUUUACACUUGUACAUGUACACUAGUAGUUUGAAAGCGGCUGUAUCUGCAUCUGCUGAUAAUAGUGAACUCAGUGUUGAAUCAUUAAUUGAGAACUUGAAGAACAUGAUAAUGAAGAAAUUGUCUGUAUCAUGUGUGGCCAGGUCUCCCGCGUCUUCUCUUGCCUCUUCUGCUGCUUCUUUCCCUGCUGCUCCUUCUCAAUCUUCUACACUUGCCUCUGUGUCUGGUUCUCCCGCUCCCGCUACUCCUGUUUCUGUGACCCCUACUCUCACAUUGUACUCUGGUGUCAGAGGUCAUUCUGAUUGA